GCUGGAAUCACCGAAUCCACCCAAGGGGUUACUAUUUGUGCUUAACCCGAUUCCACUCCAGAUGCAUUCUUUGGGGAGGAAUCUGGCUUUGAUGUUACUCAUCUUCAUCACUAUUUUGGUGCCUGAUUCAAGUUGUUCAAUUAAAGGAUGGGAUCAGAUGCCACGGGAUGGUUCAUUUCCUUUUUCAGAUGGUGAUAUCUUCCCUGAUGGAGGAGACGUCACCGUGGAGAUGGAGAUUAGCACUUCAGUGUCUGUACAGCUAGGUAUCAAGGCUCGGCUCUUCUGCCCUCCUAUUCCAUCAAAACAAGUAACACUUAUAAUAUGGGAAAUAACCCCCAGAGGCUGGCCUUCCUGCAGACUACCCUACAGAGCAGAGUUGCAGCAGAUCAGUGAAAAAAUCUGUACUGACCGAGGAACCACCUGGGCCCCCCCACAUCACCAGAGUUCCGACCUUCAGAUCAAAUCAGUGGCCCUCAAGCAUGAUGGGCAUUACUCCUGUCAGAUAGAAACAACAGAUGGGAUUUUCCAAAGCAGGCAUAGCAUCCAAGUGCCAGGGAAAAAUAGAACUGUAGUUUGUGAGGAGACAAUUGCAGGCAAGCCUGCCGCGCAGAUCUUUUGGACCCCAGAUGAAGAUUGUGUCACUAAGAGUGAGUCACACAGCAAUGGCACUGUGACUGUCAGGAGCAUGUGCCAGUGGGAGAAAAACAAUGGCCACGAUGUGUUCUGUUUUAUUUCCCAUUUGACUGACAACUGGAUUCUCCCCAUAGAACAGAAUCGAGGUACAACCAGCAUCCUGCCUUCCUUGCUGAGCAUCCUCUAUGUGAAACUGGCUGUAACUCUUCUCAUCGUAGGAUUUGCUUUCUUCCAGUCGAGAAAUUAUUUCAGGUGGAUCUAAAAACCCUGAAGAAGCCACACCUACAUUGACUAAGCACAGCGUCAUAACUGCGGAGAGACGGAAUGUAGAAUGAAGCUAAUGUUGUCAUAGGCUAUGUACAGUAGCCAUUUACUUUCAACCUCUACGACUGACCUCACACUCCUGCAACAACUAGGCAAAGCUCCUGGAACGCACUCCUAAGCUUAGCAGACAUCUUGCCUCCACCAAUGCAAAGUCUAAGACUGCUACAGCAUCUGGGACAUUUAGAGAAGAUUAACCUAAUUUUUUAUAUACCAGUUACCUAGUGUCCCACCAAUAUAUUUCCUAGUAAAAGUCCAUGUGCCUUCUUCCACAGUGGAGCGUGUUACUCGGGGGAAAAUGAAUCUGUGCUCUGGAUCUUUGGUCAUUCACAUUUGGCUCAUCCUAAAUUACCUCUUAUUCCUUUGGACUUCAAGCUAUGUUUUAGUGACAAAAUCACUAAUGGCCAAGGUUGAGUUUCUCUCUCACCUUAGCAGAGGCUUGUUCACAAAGGAAACAUCCUUUACUCACUUAGCUUUCGUAUUUGUGGGCCUGAAAAGUAAACU